CUCUCGGUGGCCCUCCCCCGCCAGCCACUCUCUCGCCAUUUUUUUCCAUCUUUGCCAACAUAUAGCACUGCCGGCUAGAUCUUCGACCAUCUCUUUUCCAAGCCACUCAUAGUAUGCACCUCGUUCCAUAUUCUGUUGAGCUUUCUACUUCCCGUAUGAAGAAAGGCAGAGGGCCUUGUUGAGACUGUGCUCUCGUCAGAGUUGAGAUUUUCCUUGGUGGAGAUGGAUAUUCUGGUAUAUUAAUUCUGGGCGAAGAUGGAAAACAUUGAAGGUGCCUCCGCAUCCUCUGGGCCGGCGAUCGAUGAUCCUGAUUCUGCUUCUAUUGAGGCAGCGAUGGGAGUUCCUGUAACUGUUAUGUUGGGGCCCAUGUGCACCCUUCUCCAGAAACUCCAUUCGCGAAUGGCUCCUGGACAGAGUAUGGCGCCAGAUCUGCUCGGCUUGAAAGAAGUCUUUCUUCUCAGUGAUAGCCUCCAGGAAAUAUGCAUCUCCCUUAAGAAUAUGUCUGACGAGGACCCUAGCUUCAUGGUUCAGUGGUGGGUGAAAAUAGUUCGCGAACUUUGCUAUGACACGGAAGAUCACCUGGACGAGGUCUACUACGCCGGGACCCAUCAUGAUUUUUCAGAAUUACUUGCUCGUGUGGAGGAUUUGAGUGAAAGCCGCAAAUGUUUGGAGUGGUCUCCUCGUAGGACUAUCGAACCAGCUGACCUGGGGAAAACCAAUGUCAGCCGCCGCACUUCCCUCCAGCUGCAGGUUCCCCUCCCUGUCCAUGUGGAGCCGCCAAAUAAUCUUGUAGAGCUGCUCGAUUUAGACAACAACGAGAAGGCACUCAAGGUGAUACCUAUACAUGGAUGUGCAGGUGUUGGAAAGACAACAGCUGCCAGAGCAUUGUAUCACAGGAAUGCAGGGAGAUUUCAGUGCCGGGCUUUUGUAACUGUGUCACGGAAUCCAGAUAUGAGGGGGUUUCUCACCAGCAUGCUUUCGCAACUUAAUGCACCACAACCCCAUGGUUUUCCUGAUGUGCAUGACCUUAUUGAUGCUAUCAGCGAACAUCUGCAAUGCAAAAGAUACUUCAUCGUAAUUGAUGAUUUAUGGACUUCAUUAGUAUGGAAUAUUAUUAGCCGUGCUUUUCUACGAUGUGAUUCUUGCAGUAGAAUAAUAACAACAACCCAAAUUGAUGAUGUAGCAUUGGCAUGCAGCAGUUAUGACUCAAAAUAUAUAUAUAAGAUGGAACCUCUUAAUGAUCAUGAGUCUAGAAAGUUAUUCUUUGGUAGAGUGUUUGGCUCUGAAGAUGAUUGCCCAAUAGAUAUGAAGGAAGUUUCAUAUGAUAUUAUUAAGAAGUGCAGUGGUCUGCCAUUAGCAAUUGUAAAUAUAACCAGUCUGUUAGCAAGUGAAUCAACCGACCUAAGGGAAAUGUGGGAGCACAUACAAGAUUCGUUGCCGUCCACUUCAGGAGACAGCAUAGAUGCUCCUGAUCUUUUGUGCAGCAUGCUUCCGCACUUCCUGUACAACAGCCUUCCACCUUGUUUGAGGUCAUGCUUGCUAUAUCUUAGUAUGUAUUCAGAGGGCCAGGUGAUCAACAAGGAUGAGUUGGCGAAGCUGUGGGCAGUUGAAGGUUUUCUCAGUGCUGUUGGAGGGCGAGACACACAAGAAAUUGCUGAGGAUUAUUUUGAUAAGCUUGUCAGGAGAGGUAUGGUCCAGGCCGUGGACACCAACAAUAACGGCGAGGUGUUGUCAUGUACAAUUCACCAGAUAGUUCUGGAUUUUAUCAGGCUCAAAUCUGUGGAGGAAAAUUUCGUCAUAAAUGUGGACCAUUUCCAAUCAUCUCUCGCACUUCCUGAUAAAGUUCGCCGAUUAUCCGUCCAGUUUGGAGGGGUAAAAAGCGCAUAUAUACCGGAAAGCAUCGUAACAUCACAAGUUCGAUCGCUUAUAUUUUGGGGUUUCUACAAGUGUGUGCCUUCGAUUAUGGACUGUGGGCUUCUUCGUAUUCUGAUUCUUCAUAUUUGGGCUGAUGAAGAGAACGAGAGUUUUGACCUCACUGGAAUCGGAGAGCUAUUUCUGCUGAAGUAUCUCGAGAUUGAAUGCAAUAUCACUGUCAAACUUCCAGAGAAAGACAUUAUUCCAUGGCUGCAACACUUGGAGACACUCCAAGUAGAUGCAAGAUUAUCUGCUGUUCCAUCACAUAUUAUCAAUAUGAAGAGAUUACUGCACCUCCGUCUUCCAAGCGAGUAUAUUCUGAGCAGUACAGUUGCUCAAAUGAUAUCACUUCGCACACUGGGCUAUUUUGAUGUUAGCAGUCACACAGUAGGGGAUGUUUUAGAUCUGGGAGAGCUGACCAAUCUUCAGGAUCUUCAGCUCACCUGUUCUAUGGUACAUCCUAGAGAAAAUCUUGAAAGAAAUCUUCAAUGCCUAGGCUCGAUUCUUGAGAAACUAAGAGUCUUGCAGUCAAUAACUCUGGUACUAGUUUCUUCAGGCUCCUCUUGUGUAAAUAUUCUUGACAAAGGCUUCAGGAUGGCGUCUCCUCCUAGCCCGGACCUGCCUCUUCGGAAGAUCGAGCUGUCAUGGCGUUGUUGCAUCUUCUUCAGCCUGCCUAAGUGGUUUGGAGAACUGAGGAACCUCUGCAUUCUAAAGAUUGCAAUUAGGAGACUGUCGAUGAAUGACACUGAUAUGCUGAAAGGACUGCCUUCCCUCACUUCUCUCACCCUAUAUAUCCAGAUAGUUUCUGAAGAAAAGAUCGUCAUCGACGAUGGGGGAUUCCAAGUACUCACCUACUUCAAGUUCAUGUGUUCUGCACCAUACCUAUCCUUUCUUCAAGGAGCAAUGCCCAGAGUCCAGAAGCUCAAGAUAGGGUUCAAUUUUAACCAAUGGAGAUCACAUUCCUUUGGAACAAUUGGUUUCCCUCACUUGACAGGCCUGACAGAGGUCUCCGUAAAACUUGGGGUUCGAAAUGCUGAUGAAGAAUUUGACAAAAAAGCUGCACGGUCUGUGGAGGCUGCCGUAAGGUGUCACCGGAACACUCUUAUACUCAGAUUACAAUGCAUGGAUAUGAUUUUUGAUGGCACUGAGGAUAAGCUUACCACGGCCGAAGAAGAAGAGAAAAAACGUGAGGAGAUCCAGAAAGGCAAGAAAAAGAUGAUGGAACGUUUGGAGGGAUAUCUGAACAAGCAAUUAGUGGAUAGCAGAUAUGCGAGAAAAGAUCCACUGACGCAUCAUGCACAAUCAUUCAACGUCGUGACGGGCGCCAUGAACUCCCUCCUCCCCAAGCUGCUUGACCUCCUCGAGGACGAGUGCACGCUGCAGAAGGGCAUCAAGAAGCUUGUCGACUCCCUCUACAUGGAACUGGAGGCUCUGCAAGCUGCUCUCCGUGAGGUGGCGAAGCUGGAGGCUAAACAACUAGAUGAGGUGCUCAAUACGUGGGCCAGGGAUGUAAGGGACCUCUCGCAUGAAGCUGAGGAUAUCGUCGAUUCCUUAGCAGUGCGCGUCGAGGGCUCUGAUCCUGAAACAAUACUAAAGGCCGGUAUUGUUGAUAUCCUUAGUCCUAGAACCUCUGCGUUGCUCAGCAGAGGGAAGGCCCGCCAUGAGAUCUCUGAUGCCAUCGAUGACAUGAUGUCAAAGGUCCAGGAUUUGGCCGCCCGACUUGAGAGAUACAAGGUCGGCGCCCACACCGCUCCUAAUCCAAAUGCCGCAGUUAGCUUUGACACUCCCUUGUCGGAUGUGUACAAAUACCCCAAAGAUAUGGUUGCCAUAAAGGUUCCAAGGGACGAGGUGAUAAUGAUGCUGACAGAUGGAAAUGUGAUCAAGAAGCUGAAGAUAGUCUCUAUUCUUGGAAUGGGAGGAUUGGGGAAGACCACUCUUGUUAAAGCAGUGUAUGACAAGAUUCGACUGCAGUAUGAGUACACGGCUUUCGUUUCAGUAUCUAGGUAUCCUGAUAUGACGAAAGUUUUGAUGGAGAUCCUUUUCCAAAUUGACAAGCAAAACUGUAGGAAUCUCAGUUUGCCAAAAUUAGAUGAUCAUUACCUUAUUGAUGAAAUCAGGAGACUACUUCAGAACAAGAGAUACUUGAUCGCUAUUGAUAAUAUAUGCGAUGUGAAUAUCUGGGAAAUAAUCAAGCUGGCUUUCGUUGAUAAUGGAUUUGGAAGUAGAGUAGUCACAACUACUCGGAUUCACCUGGUGGCCAGGAAGGGAGGUGAAGUUUACCAGCUAAAACAACUUACUGAUGAGCAAUCAAGAGAAUUAUUCAGUGCAAGACUGUUCAAUGGUGACAAAAAUGUCCCUCACAUCAUAGGGGAGGUGCCAACUAAGAUUUUGUCGAAAUGUGAUGGUGUACCACUGGCUAUCAUAACAGCAGCUAGUUUGUUGGUCGGAAAAUCAACGAAUGAUUGUUCCAAGGUGUACAACAAUAUUGAUUUCGGGUCUGAGUUUGAAGACAACACAAGAAAGAUACUGAAAUCUAACUAUUACGAUCUUCCUUAUCACUUGAGGGCAUGUUUAUUGCAUCUACACAUGUUUCAAGAGGACUGUAUAAUCAGGAAAGAAGCUUUGAUGUGGAAAUGGGCAGCCGAAGGUUUAACUGCAGAGGUACCUGGAAAAGGUUUAUUUGAGCUUGGAGAGGGAUACUUGAAGGAACUCAUAAACAGAAACCUGGUCAUGCGGGUUGAGGACGACUCAAAUCCUGGGAAGGUAAUUGGCUGCUGUGUCCAUGAUUUGGUUCUCGAUAUGAUCUGUUCCUUAUCAACUGAAGAAAACUUUAUUACCAUACUGGAUAGUAACAAGCAAGAACCCCCUGUCGAAAGCAAGACUCGCAGGUUAGCUGUCCAAAAAUGGGACACGGAGCAGGGCGACCCUCUGGCUAACAUUCGCCCAGAAAGGCUGAGGUCAUUUAACACCAUGGGGUGUCAUUUGAGUAUGGAACUAUCAGUUUCAAGGUUUAAGCUGAUGCGUGUCCUUGCUCUGGAAGAAUGUACGUUGUUUGAUGGAAAUCUUUCUCAUCUAGGGAAGUUACUUCUGUUGAGGUACCUCGGAUUAUAUAAGACACCUAUCAAAAAGCUACCGGAAGACAUAGGUGACCUGAUUUAUCUGCAGACACUGGACCUGAGGGGAACAAGUGUGAAAGAAUUGCCAGAGAGAGUGGCUGGGUUACGGCAACUCAAGUGCCUGCGAGCUGAUAAAGGCACAGCAGUGCCGGAUUGGAUGGAAAAUCUUACAUCCUUAGAAGAGUUGCGGCUGGGCGAGGUCAGCAGGUCCGCAGACUUCACGACUGAGCUGGGCAAACUGACAGGGCUGAGGGAACUUGAGAUUUGGAUUGACGAGUUGGAUAAGAACCAAAACAAUGCUUUGGUGCUGUCUAUGAGAAAACUAGAGAAAAUACAAGUCCUAAGAAUUAUGGGCAAUAGGUGGACAUCAGGGAGUGAACUUAAUUGGGAAGACUUCUACCCACCUGUACAACUCCGUGAGUUACACCUAUCAAGCAUCCCAUGCCCUCGGCUGCCCAAACGGAUCACCGUCUCCCGUGUUCCAAUGCUCUCUCACUUAUCUGUGUACGUAAAGGCCAUAAAGGAGGAGGAUCUGGAUCUCCUUGGGGCAUUGCCACAGCUCAUCAGUCUGGAGCUGCUAUCGCUGUGGGACGCCGUCCGCGAAAUCAAGGGUGGCGGUGCGUUCCCAAGGUUGAAGUUCUUUAACACGUUCUCACCAUUCAAGUUUCUACCAGGGGCUAUGCCAAGACUUGCAAUCCUUCACUUCGCACUACUCAUCACUUCCCGGGGGCCACUAGAUAAAUUCAAGGUUAAUUUUGAAAAUUACUUUGUUAACUCGAUGUUGGGGAACCUCCUUUCACUUGAGAAAGUGGAAGUGAGACCCCUUGAUGACGUCGAGGUGAUGUGUGAAGCAGUGAGGCGUGGACUGGACCAACAUCCGAACAGUCCAAGCCUUCAUAUCUUAAAAUAAUGAUCGGGUGAGUUCUGUGUACUGAAGGCUUCGAUGUUAACCAUGUCACCAGCUUCAGGACCACCUGAUCCUCAUUCCUUGAGCUUAGUUCUUGCUUGGAGGAAAAACAAGAAAAAAAAAGGAAAACAGUUAUUUACUUAUGGACUUCGAGUGCUAUGUUACCUGUUUCCUAGCUCAAGGGAUAGGUCUUUAUGUUGCUUACUUAUUUUCCAAAAUAAAAAGUGCAAAAAAAAUUAGUGUGUCCUUUAGUGGAAAACUAUGUUUAAAAUGGAUCGAGUUGCUCGUCUAGUGGGAGUAGUCCCUUGCCUUAUUAUUUGGCCGAGUUAAAAAACAGGAGAAAAAGCCUACAAAAAAUAUGUUCCUAGUUGUUAUACAAAUGUGUCUUUUUCUUUUGGUGGUGUUCUGGGUAUGGGGUGUUGGUUGGAAACUCCGCCUAUGCCAAUUCUAAGGCGACACAUAUUGCCGCGUAGCCGGUUCCAAGCCCGGAGAAAGGAGGAGGACCAGCCAUGUAAUAGGUUAAGGAGGAAGGGAUGUACUUAUGCAAUGAUCAAACCAUUGUACACUAUGUGGUGUAGCUGCUCCACAAUUUGUUCCUAACUACUCGAUGAGCUUGACAAUCUGUGGAAUUUAAAAUUUAUAGUUUACUUCGAUC